UGUCUUAACACGACACCAACUUCGACGCUAGGGUUUUUGCUUCACGGCUUGUUGAAGAGAAGCAUUUUUUUCCCUGUCGUCCCCAGUUUCUACUUCUGCUUUAAGGAACUGUUCAAAGACUUAGAAAUCUGUCAGUUCUAAGCUCCAAAAGAUGCAGAACGAAGAGGGUCAAGUCACUGAGCUUUACAUUCCAAGGAAAUGCUCGGCUACUAACAGGUUGAUCACAUCAAAGGAUCAUGCUUCUGUGCAGCUCAACAUUGGUCAUCUCGAUGCUGAUGGGGUGUACACUGGUCAAUUCACUACAUUUUCUCUCUGCGGUUUUGUCCGUGCUCAGGGUGAUGCUGACAGUGGAGUCGACAGGCUAUGGCAGAAGAAGAAGGUUGAAGCCAAACAACAGUAAGACCAACAAGCUUUGUUUUCUAGUUUCUAGGUUUCUUUUUGAAAUCUAGAUGUGAACCUGUAUCUGGUUUUCUAAUUUCUUGUUGCUGCAAAGCAAAGAUACUUUUGGUUUGAAAGAUAAUGGAAUGAGAUGUUUGGUUUUUGUUU